AUGUCUUUAGCCGGCUACUUCUUUGGAAACGUCGACAAGUCCGGCAAGGUCGAGGACUUGCCAGAGGAAUUCCGUGAAGCUUUGGAGAGUCUGGAGAACAAUGAGCAACUUACACAGCUCUUCUCGGCAAAGACCCUGGGAGUCGACGAGAACGAGGUCAGGACACAGCCAGGUGCAGCAGGCGAUGACGAUGACGAUGAGGACGAGGACGAAGAUGGCGAGGUCAACAUCUCAACGAUCAAGUCAACUUUUGAGCACGACAAGGACGCAGUCGACUUUUCGGAAAUCAACGACCUGGCUGUCGAUAACACCGAACAGGAGAUGUUCAGUCAACGGUACUUGCAGAAGGGUCUCAGUGCCGUCAGAGCUACAGCAACAACAGCCAUGAGGAGUGGUAGUCAAGGAGGUCGGACAAAGUCAAGACUGGAUUCUAUGGACGAGGACUAUGACGCUGAGGAUUCUGAAGGAGAGUCCAAAGCAGGUGUUUUCAAGACCGGUAUGCCAGCAUUGCCUUCGGCGUCACAGCAGUCUGCACUCACUCUUUUGCAGCGCCAGCAGCUGUACCUUCAGGAAGAGCAGAGCAAACAGCAGCAGCAGACAGGUGGCGUAGGAUCGUCCAAACCUCCGUUGCCCUCAUCAUCAUUACCUGGACUGCCAGGGGCUAGUGCCGCUGCGCCAGUAACACCCACCGCAGUUGAACCAGUCGACGUACGGAAACUGUAUCCUGCUUUUGAAGAAAAAAAGAUCCUCAAAUUCUCGGAGCUCUUCAACACCAAGCGCCCCAAGCGGUUCCCACACUCGCGCGCCAAGCCAGCUGGGUUCCCAACAACGUCAAAAUUCAGCCAUAACCUUGACCAUAAAAAGGUGUUUGAGCUCCCAGAAGAUCCUUCGGCGGUCAAUGAGCGGUAUCUGGAAUAUUACGACAGUUCAGAGGAAUCAUUGGACAAGGAGUGGCUUAAUAGUCUUCAGUGGAAGGUCCCUGACGCGAAGGACUUUUACUCGGUACAGCUCGAUUCAUGGGAAGAUCGCAUUGUCUGGGACGACUCUGUUGUUCCUACACAAGACGUGGCAAUGGAUGGAAGUGAUGCGGCGAUGGUCAAGCCAACACUCAAGGAUACAACAGAGCUGUUUGCGUCCAGGAAUUACGAUCUUGACGGUGGCGACUGGGAAGAUUCGAUUAUUUGGGACGACAACAAGCCAUACAAGUCCUUCAGUCACAUCAGCCUGAACAUGAAUGACGUGAACGUGCUGUUUGACCUUACCUCAAUGGACAAUAAGGCCAUGGGAGACGGAUUCAGAGUGAAACGCGGAAGGAAGGUUCAAUUCCCAGCAUACCGCGUAGUUACCAACGUCAACGACCCCUCGGAGGCAGAGACUCACAGGAAACUGGGGAUCGACCGCUUCAACGUGUCCAACGAUCGGUUCUACGAGGCGCACAAGGAGGGUCGGUUUCACAGAGUUCGUCAGACAUUUGGUCAGCUGGUGGUCCAGCAUGCUUUGCCAUCUGUCAAGCUGAUGAAGCCUUGGUACAAGAACAAAUUGACAAAGGCAGAGCUCCGCUCCUUCCAUCGACCCUCAUUGCAAAUCCCGCUCAACGUCGAUAUCACAUUCUCUCGAGUCAAGGGCAGCAAGAAGAAGAAUAAGAAGAGGAAGGAACUGGGAGAAGUCAUGAGGAGCUCCAAGGACCUGACACUGCGCGACCACACCAACUUCGUUCUGCUCGAGUACUCAGAGGAACACCCCGCCAUUGUUCAAAACGUAGGAAUGGGAAGCAUCCUGAUCAACUACUAUCGCAAGGAGUCAGUCGAGGACACUCAUAUGCCUACGAACGAGAUUGGCGAGUCCUUUGUCCUGGAUGUUACCGACACUACACCAUUCCUCAACUUUGGUAACGUCGAGCCAGGCCAGACGAUGAGCGCACUUUACAACAACAUGAUCAGGGCACCAGUCUUUGAGCAGCCACCUCGGUCCACGGAUUUUAUUGUCAUCAGGACCACGUACAAGAACGAAACCAAAUACUACAUUCGCCACAUCCCACACCUCUACGUUGUCGGUCAAACAUACCCCGUGCAGGACGUCCCAGGACCACACUCGCGCAAGAUCACCACAAUGAUCAAGAACCGCCUCCAAAUCUCGUCCUUCCGUUUCAUGCGCAAGGAUCCUCAAGGUCGACUCAAAUUCACCAAGCUCUGCAAGGCGUACCCCGAGUACAGCGAGAUCCAGAUACGCCAGAGGUUGAAGGAGUUUGCAGAGUACCAGCGCAAGGGCAACAACACAGGAUACUGGAAAUUGAAGGGAGGCGCACCGUUGCCCAGCGAAGAGGAGAUCAGGAAGAUGGUCACGCCAGAGAUGGUCUGUCUCUACGAGAGUAUGUUGGUCGGACAGCGACAUUUGUUGGACGCAGGUUACGGCAAGGCUGCAGAGGGAGAUGAGGACAAUGCGAACGAGGAUACCGAGGCGAGCAUGGAUAUCGAGGAGCAGCUGGCACCCUGGAUCACGACUCGCAACUUUAUCAACGCAACUCAGGGCAAGGCCAUGUUGAAGCUUUGGGGGGCUGGAGAUCCUACUGGUCGCGGAGAAGGAUUCAGUUUUGUCCGUAUCAGUAUGAAGGAUAUUUUCCUGAGAGAAGGAGAGUCUCUUGAGGAGAGACUGGCUCAGAUCGAAUUGCUUCCCAAGAGCACACAUCGUUACAACGUCGCUGAGCAGCAGCUGGUUUACAAGGAGGAGAUCACGCGUAUUUGGAAUGCACAACGGGCUGCACUCAGCAAGAUUGAGGAGAUUGACGGCGGCGAUGAUGAGAUUGCAGGAGAUUCUGACAACGACAAUGAUGAGGAUGAGAACUAUGAUCGGCAGAGGCGCGAGUUGUCGACGAUUGACCGGAACCGCGUUUCGCCAUCCCCAUCAUUGUUCGGCCGUUACCGUGACCAUAGUGAACGCGAGCGGGAUCGCGCCAACGACAUGGAUGAUGACAAUGUCUCCGUUGCAGGCAGUGUCAGCUCUCGGACGAGCGCCAACUUUGGGUCCCGGAACAAGCAUCUGAUCAUCAAACGACUCGUUCGCCAACCCAACGGCAAGACUGUUUGGAAAGAGGAAACUAUCCGUGAUCCUGCUGUCAUGAACACCUAUAUCCGUCAUCGUCAGGAGAUCGAAGAGAGCGCUAUCAAUAUGGAGGCCCUGGAACCAACUGAUGAUGAGGCCAAAAACCAGAGGAUGAAGAAACGCAUCAUGGAGGAGCUUGCUAGGUUGAACCGGAACCAGGAGCGUCGCAUGGCCCGUGCUGCAGCCAAGGCUGGCUCUGCUGCACCCGAGCUCCCUGUCAACCCUGCCACCGCCGCCCUCAAGAAGAAGAAAGUUGUGCGUCAGUGCAGUAACUGUGGAGCUCUUGGACACAUGAAGACGAACAAGAAGUGCCCCAAGUACGUCGAUCCUUCAGGAGCAUUGCCCAACCUUGGUGUGACAGGAACCGCGUAUGUGACAUCAGGAGGAGCGGCUAGCAUGAUGUCGCCCCCACACGCGUCUCUCCGCGCAGGAUCGAUCCCUCCAGGAACACCGAGCUCGUUGGCAAAUUCUAGAGCUGGCCCAGAGUUUUUCAGGCAAGGAUCACCCCAGUCUGCUGCAGCUGGCAGCAACAAGAUCUCAUUCCCCAAGGCUGUGAUCGACCGUGUCGCUGAUUUGGAGAAGGAGCGCGAAAAGGAAGAAAAGGACGCCCUCGUUGUCCGACUACCCUCCAAGAUGCUCCAAACGCCGCCAAAGCGCAAGCGCAGCGAGUCGGCUAGUCAGCAGAACAACGACAUGGAGGACUUUUAUGACUACCUGCACCCUCCAGCAAAAUCGUACGGUCGCCGCAAGAAGGCCGACGUGGAGCUGGCCAACAUUAUCGAGUCUGUGCUAGCGACUCUUCUUUCGAUGCAAGAAGCGAACGCGUUCAUUGCACCAGUAUCGCCCAAGAUUGCACCAGGCUAUGAUAUUGUGAUCAGGCAACCAAGAGACCUGUCAGGAAUGCGGGACGCCAACAAGAAUCACUAUGCGUACAGGACAGUGGAUGCAUUCUUAACGGACCUCAAGAUUAUGGUCAACAAUUCAUGGAUCUACAACGGCGAAAAAUCGGCCUGGACACAGGCGGCGUUAGUGCUUCUUCAGAAGGCUGAGGGGAUCUUGCAGCCGCAGAUGGAGACGAUCCGGCAGUUGGAGACAGAGAUAUUGGAGUCGGACUUGAAGGCGAACAUCUAUGUCGGAGCAGGCACACCUGGAUCAGCAGCCACGCCUAGCAUGGUUGGUGGAGCACCACCACCUGUUACCAUGGCCAACCUUCACCCUGGUGGCUAUGGAGCGUACAACGGCACGAUGUUCCCAGGAUUCGGCAACGUGUUUAAUGGGUUUACAGUUCCACCUCCUCGUAACCCAAUGGGUGUCGGAACCGCAGGAUUUGCCCCGUACACUGGCCCCACCUCCUCGUCGGCUCUUCCUUUGACUAGCCAAGGUCAACCUGAGAACGAGACAGGUGAAGUCCGGGUCAAGUCUGAGACUAUGGAGUGGGAGUGA